CGUACUGUGUACAACUUUGUCAGUACCUCGCGGCCCGCUAUCAGUAAACAGCUGAUUAAGUACUAUCACCAGUAGUACUAUCGGAACUAAUUAUCUGCCGGUACUUUAUUUUUACUUUUCACUCGUUUGUGUGCUUGGCCAGUGAAUAGUGGUGCUUUUUUUAUUUAGUUCUGGGUACCGUCUAGGGGUUUUUGGACUUGUUAGUUUUGCUGCUGAUACUCAACAGAUUAGAAAAAUGAGUACAAUUACCAGUAGUCAUAGCAAUUAUACCGGAUUUUUUAGAGUUAAAUCAGAUCCCAGAACUGCCGAUUGGCCUUUAGUGUCAAACCCUUUAUACACAUUAGGAAUAUGUCUUUCAUAUGUAUAUGCUGUGAAGUUCCUAGGACCGAAAAUAAUGGAAAAUAGAAAACCAUUCCAACUAAAGAAUACAUUAAUUCUAUAUAAUUUUUUACAAGUAAUAUUUAGUGCCUGGCUGUUUUAUCAAAUUGGUAUGGGCGGUUGGCUCACGGGUGAAUAUAGCUUUAGAUGUCAACCAGUAGAUUAUACGAAUAAACCUAGUACAAUCCGAAUGGUGCACGCAUCCUGGUGGUAUUUCUUUUCGAAAUUUACAGAGUUUUUUGAUACAAUAUUUUUCGUGUUAAGGAAAAAGUUCGAUCACAUCAGUACAUUACACGUCAUUCAUCAUGGAAUUAUGCCAAUGUCUGUGUGGUUUGGAGUAAAAUAUUGCCCAGGAGGACAUAGCACAUUCUUCGGACUGAUUAACACGCUCGUCCACGUUGUGAUGUAUUUCUACUACUUCCUCACUGCCUUCGGACCUGCCACUCAAAAAUACCUGUGGUGGAAGAAGUACCUUACAACUUUCCAAAUGGUUCAGUUCAUAGCUAUCAUGGUGCAUGCAUUCCAACUACUUUUCAUCGACUGCAACUACCCAAGAGUGUUCGCCUGGUGGAUAGGGUCUCACGCGGUACUAUUCUUCUUCCUCUUCAAAGACUUCUACCAAAAGUCCUACAGGGGUAGCAGGAGAGCGAAACUGGCCGCUAGCAACGGAACCGUGCACCAAAACGGUGUUUCGAAACAAAACGGUACCACCGCCAAUGGCGUCUCAAAAACUAAUGGCCAAGUCAAAGACGCUAGCGAAUACUACGUUAACGGUGUCAAUGGUGCGACGGAGCUACAUCAAAGGUUAAAACGAGGGUUGAAACAUCAAUGAUCUGCAUUGUUCUAGUACUUAGCGAUGAAAUAUUAUUAAUUAAAUUAAUAUUUAGGAUUUUUUGUUUUGGAUAAGGGAAUCGAUAUUAGUAGAUACCUGUGGUAGAGGCGGACAAGUUUUGGUCUAUGCUUGAAGUGGUACCUAAGCAAAAAUAGGGCCAUAUAUUAAAAUAUUUGGGUGUAAUGUUUAUCAAAUUUAGUUGCAGAAUUUCUUUUGAAGCAUUUUCAGGAUUAUGGUGUAGGGUGCUGUCCAGCGAGGACUGAACAGAAGCUUAUUUUUGAAAAAAUCCAAAAUAGUUUUCUUAUGUAUUUUUGCCUGCAGAUGGCUAUUUAGGAUUUAAGAUUUUUUCAUUUCUCAAAAAUACAGGGAAAUUCAAAACUAAGCCUCUGUUCAGUCCUUGUUGGAACAGCCUGUAUACAAAUCCUAUACAACUUUAAGAUGAAUCAUAAGAAUAAUUCCUAGUUUUUUGACGUCAGUGUGACAUUAGGAAAUACCCUUACAUAUCCUGAAUUAAUUUCAUAUUCUGCGCAACAACGGAUUUCGGAUUUCCAAUUUUCUGAAAUUAAUUUUGGUAAACAAAAGGAAAGAAUCUAGUCCGAUAAAUUAUCGUGUUAAUUAGAUUACUCCUAUGGAAUCCUUAAUACUAAAGGUUUAGGUAUGCUUAGGUGUAGGUAUUUUAAAAAAAAAUUAAACAUCCUUUUUUAGCAAUUCGAGAUCUUGCUCAAUUUUUAUAAAUACUAUUUUAUUCGAAACAAUAUUUCAAAAAUAUUGUCGAAAAAGUUGAAGGUAAGUUUUUUGUAUUAUAGUUUUAUUUGGUAGGUGUACUAGGUUAUAUAGAAAAAGGAAUUACUUAAUUACAGCUUAAGUUUAAAAUUAGUUGUAGAAGUGUACGGGUGCCUUCCAAGACUUAUGAAAUCUAUUAAUUAUUUUAAUAUUUUUGUUGUUGUAUUGGUUAAUAAGUUCGGAAAAUGUCUCAGCUAUAAUAUAUAAUGUGUUUUUUGUUGUGUAUGUAUUUUACAGUGUGGGUCAAAUUUGAUAAAUUCAUGGCAACCAGAUGCUCCAAACUGAAUUGGCAAAAUAACUAUUUCAAAUAAAAACCUUCCAAAAGAGUUAAAAGAAAUAUACAGAGGAUCUUGGCUAGUUAAAUGUAUGUUUUUUUAUAAGCUCCCUGAAAAUUUUCUAAAUUUUAUAAGUUUAUUAAAAAAUAGUACUUUUGUAUCUUUUUUAAUUUUAACUUACCUACUAUUGUUUGAAUGUUAAAUGGAAUGACUUUGGUAGCACUUUUCAUACAUUUUUGUAGCUUUGGAAAGCCAAUGUGCUCUUGGAAUAGAUUUAAACCAUCUAUCAAAAAAUAUCAAACCACUAUUGACGAAUAAUUCCAAUGAAGUUUUUCCUUGUUCCAAUUUGUUUUGAAACUUGUACCUACAUUCAUACAUUUUUUAGGGUUUUUUUUUCUAGAAAUAAGAGUGAAAUUGCUUCUUGCCGUUUUCUAGGAAAUCCCAGGUACUUACUGAUGGCAAUAAUUUGUUUGGUGCAUAAUAUUGAUCCAGCAAUGCAUAUCUUGGAUUGCCCUCAAUAUUAUGUUUUUUUACAGAUGUAUGAAAAAAAUCAUUCAUUCAAUUUUGGUAUUCAGUCAAUUCAAUGUAUAGAAUGCCCCUGCCAUAAUACAAGCUUGACCCACAGAGUUAAACAUACUUUAUACACACCCUGAUUUACGUAACCCGAGCAUUAGCAUUUUCCAGGCUGCAGGUAGAUUUAGUAAAUAGCUUAAAAUCCACCUGCAAGCUUAUGCAAGGGCUACAUGAAUCAGCCUGUAUAAGUGUUAGUAAAGCACAUAUCAGUCAAAUAAAAAAAAAACUCCCACUAAAGGCGUGCCCUAGCUAGUCAGUAAAAUUAAAUAUAUAUCUUUUUUGUUUCAUGGUUAGUUUGUCAAUAAUUAAAUCAUUCCGUAUUUUUUUACAUUAGGUACUUUAAGUCUUCUAUAUUUUUACCAUUUUGGUGCUGAGAUUUCCUUUUAUUCCUUAUAUUUUUAAGUUACUGCUGUGGCUGUCAGAAAAAAAAUCAUGUAUGAUUUUUGAGGUAGGUAAUUUUUAAUUAGGUAUGUUUCAACAUAAAAGAAAUCAGUCGAGUGUGAGUGAUUUUUGAUUUCAUGUUGGAAGAAACACUAAAUUGUUGAAAAGCGUGAUUACUAGUUCUAGUUGUGUUUCAAUAUUUUUUUGAACGUUGGUUUCACCAUCUAGUCUGCCAUAUUAUUAUAAAAAUAAAAUUAAUCUGUGUAAAAAAAAAGUAUAAUAUAGCUGUAAGUAUUUUAUUUUUGUAAUAUGUAUUUUGUAAUAUGUUUUUAAAAGUUUUAUGGUUAAACCAAUGCAAAAAAAUAAUGUAUGUUUCAAUUUAAUAAUUUUUUAAAAUUAAAAUGUAGGUAUAAAAACAUUCUGCUCUAAUGAAGAAUUUAAUACCGGUGAACUUUAUGUAAUUUAUUUCAUGUUAAGAAUAAAUAAAUAAAGAUGGUGGUAGUAAAUAAAGGGAUUGCUGCAAGAAUUUUUUUUUAAUUAGCCAUUUAUAAUUAAAAAUAGUAAUAGUUGGUAGCUCCAUUAACCCCAAUAAGUAUGUACUUGUAUUGUUUUUGUUAUCCACCUAAACUUAUUCUUUAGACAUCUAAAGAAUUCUGAAGCUGGGCCAGACUAUAUAGCAAAACAUGUUAAUAACAAAGUUGUAUAACAAAUUUGCUUUGUUACCGACCUCUGAUGGAUAACAUAAAACAUCCUAUAUAAUCAGCAAAAUGUUGUACAACACUGUGUUUUAAAACCUUUUCAUUUAAAAUUCUCUUACAAGUUAUAAAACUUUGUUAUUUAACAUGUUUUGUUACAUAGUCUGGAUCCAGCUUAAUACUUUAUGUGGGCCUCAAAAUAAAUAUUUAAAUCUAAAUUUGCCACUAAGUAAUUUGAGUUUUACUUACUUAUUUAAUUUUUUGUUAGCGUUUUAAAAUAAAUAUUUCUAUAAGAGACUUAUAAUAUAAGCACCUAAAUCUUCUAUAGUUAGUCAUGUCUUUCAGAAUGUGUUUGACAUCUCAAAAAAAAAAUAUUUACGCUGUUGUAUUUUUACCUAUUUUUAUUAAAGAGAAAUAAACUAUGUAUUAAAAUUUGA